AUGCCUGAACUUUUUGAGGGUUAUUUUUUGCUUGUGAUGCUUGGUGAUGAUACUAAGCCUGCAUCACUUGUUCUUGGUAGUGAUGCUGAGCCUGCGAUGCUUGGUCUUGGUAGUAAUGCUGAGCCUGCGAUGCUUGGUCUUGGUGGUGAUGCUGAGCCUGCGAUGAUUGAUUUUGAUGAUGAAGCUGU